AUGAGGAUUAACGAAGAUUUUAGAAUUGGCGUUUUUGGAAAAUUAACAAAUAGUUAUGCUCUAACAGCUAUUGGAAGCUCUGAGAAUUUUCAUAGGCAAAAGCUUUUUUAUAUGUUAUAUUUUUUAUUAAUAUUAUAUAGUAUUAUAGAAAGUGAAUUAGGGGAUAUCAUACCAGUAUGUCAUUGUAGUAUUUGUGGGUCUCGUAUUGUUGGUAGAAUGACAGCUGGUAACUGCAGAGGUCUUCUUGUUCCAUCUACAACAACUGAUCAAGAGCUUAUGCAUCUUCGAAAUUCGUUACCCGAUUCUGUUAAAGUCCAGAGUAUUAAUGAACGUCUUUCUGCUCUUGGGAACGUAAUUGCAUGCAAUGAUUAUGUUGCUUUAGUACAUCCUGAUAUUGAAAGAGAAACAGAAGAAAUUAUUGCAGAUGUUCUUGGUGUUGAGGUUUUUCGGCAAACAAUUGCAGGAAAUGUUCUUGUAGGGAGUUACUGUGCAUUAAGUAAUCAAGGAGCCUUGGUACAUCCUAAGACGACUAUUUCUGAACAAGAUGAACUUUCUUCUCUUUUGCAAGUACCGUUAAUAGCGGGAAGUGUAAAUAGAGGCUCAGAUGUUGUUGGUGCUGGUAUUAUUGUGAAUGAUUGGAUUGCAUUUGCGGGGUUUGAUACAACAGCUAUAGAAUUAUCUGCAAUAGAAAGUAUAUUUAAAUUACAUGUAAGAUUUUUAUUAUAUUUUACAAAGUAA